UAACUGAAAGUGCACAGCACCUUCCUGAACUGCCUGGUGUGUACGGUGUUUUAAGCAAGAAAUAAUGAACACCAAAUAAAUUUACGUACACUGUACUUGCACUUGUACUGUUGUACAGUAUGCAACCGGAUGAUAGUGUUCGGCUUGUAAAGUAUUACAGCUAAUAAGUAACACAUAACACACAAUCCUAUCCAUUUAAAACCAGCUGUCUAAGGACAUUGAAAUCCAAAUGACGGAUGGCAAUACAAAACAGAUUCAGUGGACAUUAGGACCAUGCGGUAGAAUGGCAAAACUCAGAUGAGCUCAAACUUCAUCGGCUUUAAGACCCAGCAGGCUGAAUAGCGGGUCUAGCUGUAGGUAAAAGUUAGGCAUUCUUCUCAUUCCACUAUGAAUGGAUCUGAUUGUUGUUGGUCGGGCUAUCCUUCUCCGCUCUGUCUAGAUAGAACCGUUUUCAAAACGUUAUGCCAGGCACAUCUUCAAGGAAAGUAUUGAUCGAAUUCUGCGUACAUUAUUAGCGGUGCUAGAGAAGACAGAUUGUGCGAUUCACUGGACUAUUGAAACGUUUCGAAAACUGCUGAAAGAAAAACGUAAAAAGGGUUCUCCUGGCUAUCACAGUCUGCACAGUCCUCUUGGCAUCCUGGAUGACUUUGUCUAUUGCUAUCCUGAGCGCACCACAUAUACAAACAACCAUGAACCCUCCUCUUUAACAGCAGAGUUCCUCACCAGAGGAGAGAGGGAAUCAGGUGAGGAGCCCCAUUUCAGCCUCUGUCCUGCGCCAAGCUCCCUCAGUCCCCCAGAGUGUGAGAUGAGAGGUUCUGAGGACGUGGCCUCUGGUACAGUAUUGCAGCGCCUGAUGCAAGAGCACCUAUGGUAUGGUGGCCAUCAGAGCGACAACGUGAGCCUGCUGGCCAUGCAGCAGCAGCAACCGCCACUGCAGCUGCCGUCGCAAGCCCAACCUCCACAGCAGCCGCAGCAGCAACAUCAGCACCAAGCCACAGGAAGCACCAGCCUCUCCCCGAGCAACGUCACCAGUACCUUUUCUUCCACCGAGAACCUCCUCCAAGAAGACCCACAAAUGGUCCACCAGUCAGCACGGCAGGAACCCCAGGGGCAAGAGCAUCAGGUGGAUAACACUUCCAUGGAGAAACAGGGGACCCGGCCCCUUCAGCCGCAGCAGAACAACGAGGAGCUGCCCACCUACGAGGAAGCGAAGGCCCAGUCACAGUUCUUCCGUGGCCAGCCCCAGCAGAGCUCCAUCGGCUCGGGCUACUACGUGCCCUCUGGAGCAGCUCCCACCUCCAGCGCUGCUGCCACCCAGAAAGCCAGGACGGAAGGGAGGGCGACUGUGAACCGGUCCGGCACGGGGCAACCCCACAACGAUGAAGCCCUAAAGUUGCUGAAGGAGGGCCACGUGCGCUCUCUCAGCGAACGGAUCAUGCAGAUGUCCCUGGAGAGGAACGGGGCCAAGCAGCACCAGCAGGGAUCUGGGAGCAGCAGCCUGCCGUCCCAGAGCACAGCCAGCAAAGGGUUCAAGAGUGGAGGAGGGGUAUCGGCUCCUUCUUCUUCCCAGCCGCCUUCGGGAAAGGGAGGGGACCCCAGAGGCCCCCCUCCCGAGUACCCCUACAAAACAAAGCAGGCCCUGUCCCCCACGAGCAAGCCUCUUGACACUGGGCACUUCUUCAGCGACCAGCAUUCAGGAGUGAUGCUGGACUUGCCCAAAAUGUAUCCUGCACCUCAGUCGAUGAAGACGGAGGUCACCUUCGUAAGAUACCAACCACCUCCGGAGUAUUGCACAAGACAGUUCCAGCCCUCGCUCGGCAGCCCGGCCUCACAACAGCACAGCCCCAUGUCCUCGCAGGCCUCUUCGCAGUCGGGGUCCCUGCCUCCUCCUCCUCCACCGCCAUCGUCGCUCGCCCACACCAGCCAGCAGCUCCCGGGAGAUGCCUUUGCCAUUGUGACCCGUGCCCAGCAGAUGGUGGAGAUCUUGUCUGAGGAGAACACGUCGUUGCGCCAGGAGAUGCAGAGCUACUGUGAGAAAGCCUCCAAGCUGCAGCGGUUUGAGAAGGAGAUCCAGAAGAUCUCAGAGGCCUAUGAAAGCCUGGUGAAAAGCUCCUCCAGGAGAGAAUCGCUGGACAAGGCCAUGAAGAACAAAUUGGAGGGAGAGAUCCGCAGACUGCAUGACUUCAACAGGGAUCUGAGAGAUCGCCUAGAAACUGCCAACAGGCAGCUGGCCAGCAGGGACCUGGAGGAGAGUGAAGAUUGCAGGACAGAAGGUCUUUAUCUCUCACAGAACAGGGAAGGCGUGAAGGAGAGGGACAAGCUGGAGAUGGAGGUGGCGGCCUUGCGUUCAGCCAAUGAGGACCAGCGGCGGCACAUCGAGAUCCUGGAGCAGGCCCUGAACAACGCGCAGGGCAAAGUAGUCAAGCUGGAGGAGGAGCUGCGGAAGAAGCAGGUGUACGUGGAGAAGGUGGAGAAGCUGCAGCAGGCCCUGUCUCAGCUGCAGGCGGCCUGCGAGAAACGGGAGCAGCUGGAGAAGAGGCUGCGCACGCGGCUGGAGAGGGAACUGGAGUCGCUGCGCACGCAACAGAGGCAGGGAGGAGCCCAGGCCGUCCCCCCCUCAGAAUACAAUGCCCCCGCGCUCAUGGAGCUGCUUCGGGAGAAGGAGGAGCGAAUCCUGGCGCUGGAGGCCGACAUGACCAAGUGGGAGCAGAAGUACCUGGAGGAGAGCGCCAUGCGGCACUUCGCCAUGGACGCCGCAGCCACCGCCGCGGCACAGAGGGACACGACGAUAAUAAACCACUCCCGCAACGGCAGUUACAGCGACAGCUCCCUGGAAGCGCGGAUCUGGCAGGAAGAGGAGGAGAUUCUUCAGGCCAACCGGAGAUGCCAAGAUAUGGAGCACAGGAUAAAGAACCUCCAUGCCCAGAUCAUCGAGAAGGAUGCCAUGAUCAAGGUGCUGCAGCAACGCUCCAGGAAGGAGCCUGGGAAGACUGACGCUGUACUGUUGCGCCCCGCCCGUUCUGUUCCAUCCAUCUCCGUGGCAACUGGCCUGCAUCUGCGCCAGAGCUCUCAGACCAGCAGCCAGAUCCCUGAGGAGAGGAGGGAAGACAGAGGCUGGAAAGGCAGUGCAGGUCUCCUCCUAGGGAAAGAGAACAUGGAGCACCUCCUGCCCUCCCUCCAACUUGUCCCUGCUCCCUCCUCCCUGCCCUCCACCCCUCUGCUUUCGGGCCACAUCAAGACAGGCAGCAAGGACAGCAGCACCCAGACAGACAAGAGCCCUGAGCUGCUGAGAGCUGCCCCCAUAUCUGGCAGGACCAGGCUGGGAACCACCCCUGGCAGCAGCCCCAUUCUGCGGCACACCCUCACUAAAGGGGGCUCAGAGAAGAUGGAGAGCUCCUCAGCUCCAGUGAAAUCCCCAGAUAACAGACUCCUGACGGGCAGAAACGGCAGCAACCCUGGAUACAGACAGGAGCUCCUGGAUACUGAUGUGGUGGAAAUACUCAUCUAGGACAUGGCAAGCACUUUUACUACAAGGAAUUUACACUUGGAAGCACAGGAAUUUGGUGCUGGAGAACAUGGAGCCUGGAGAGAGAUGAACAUGGUGAGAGAUGUAGGGGAAGAUGACAAAUGUGCAAAGGUGAGAAGGUAUUAUUAAAGUUUUGGGGGCAAAGGAUGUUGGGAAGACUGCUUGAAGGAAGCAAAACGACAAAAGGUGAAGGAUCAGAAUGGAGACAGCACCAUGACGAUGAUGGAGAAAGUGAACGAGGGCAUGCAGCUGGAUGAAACGAAAAGACAGUUUUCAGUUGUCUUGAGAAUCACAAAAAAGUAGGUAUGCUUUAUUUUGGCUUUCGUUUUUGUUACCGUACAAAGAAGUCUUAAAUACUCUGUUCUGUGUACGAAUCACUGGCAGUCCAAACUGCAGUCUGAGAGAUCCAGACCGCAGCGUAUUGAAAAGGGGUGGCUAAGAUGGGACAGUGAUGAGAGAGAGAAGAGGACUGGGAUCGAUACAGCUACCAGUUGGAGCUUGUGUUCAAUAGAAAAAGUGAAAGCCAAUUUACCAGAGAGGGAUUAAAAAAGCACAUGACACUUAAUAUUUACAUUAACCACAAAGGAUGAUCUGAGGAAAAAUGUUAGAAGACGUUGUUUGCAUGUUUCACUAAGUUGCUCUUUGGGUGACAAUGGGGGAAAAAAAGCUAGUCCUGUGAUCAGCUUUGUUUGUAUGUCUGGUUUUAAAUGUGAGCUUUGUUUCUGAGGCCCUUUUGUUUCUGCCUUGCUUUCCUUAAGGCUGUUGCCCCUACUCAUAGUGUGCUCUAGCAUGACGUCAAAAGAUCGAGGGAGAUAUGGCACUGAUGGCUAUAUCAGUCUGCCAUCACAAUUUUGCAAGAAAAUUAGAACAGCUGUUACAGCUGAAUGAAGAGAUCUAGCAACACGUUCAGGGUAAAGACCAGCUUGACCUGUUUCUUAUACCGGCCUGUACACUGUUUCUGGUGGGUGUAAUCCAUUCUAGACAAUUUUCAACCACCUUUUCAAUUUGAUUGCCCUUAACGACAUUAUUCAAAAUGUAAGGCCAGGGUUAAUAGUGUAUUGUGAUGCUAUGUUGACCAACACAGCCACCUUGGUUUUAACCAGAAUGCUGAAGAAAUACAGAACUAUGAGAGUCACAGUUUUUAUUGCCUUUUUAAAUUAAGCCAUUUAUGUGAGUUACAUGAAGAUGCAAAGGAAAAUCAAUUUUUGUCUGAAAAAGACCAAGGAAAUUGAAAAGUUUGUUUGCUACAUAUAUUCAUCUUGUUCACUGCAUUUAUUCUGUACUGUUGUACAUAUUUUUGUGUUUGUAUUUUCUUUCCUUCUCCGACUGCCUGUGAAAAUCAAAGGAAUACAAUUUUCCCAUCUGAGAGGUUAGGGCAACAUGUCAUAGAUGGUAACAAUAAUUAAAUUAAUUUAAGAAUCGGACAAAACUAUCACUAUCUUUCUGAGGAAAAUUCUAACAAGGAAGGACACUGUACACAAAUAAAGCACAAGGUAAUGAACAAGAGAUGUCUGAUUACUAUCGGGAUAAGAAAAUAAAAUAUAUUUGCUAUCACGGGUGAAAAUGAGAAAAGAGGAGAUUUAACAGGGAUCGCAAAAAUGGAAACCUCAAUACAUAAUGUCUGAAAGGAUGUAAGAGAUUGAGAAUAGUCAAUGUUUCUGAACUUGAUCAUCUCAAAUUGUUGUAGAAUGUAUCUACUUUUUAUGUAUGCCCUUUUUGAUAAAACAGUGUUCAAUCAGAAUGCUAGUACAGGUUGGUUUCCAAGAUGAAUAUUACAGAUCACUAAAUGCCUGAGGUGUGGUAUAUCAAUGUUGUAAUCCCCCUUGAGAGCUUUAUCAGUGUAACUGGAAACAAACUUAUUCCACUUCAAAAUCAAUCAGCUUUCUUAAUCACGGUGUGGUGCAUCUUCCAGUCUACACUUCAAUGACUUCGGUUUUAUGUUAUUUUCCUAAUUCUGGCAACGGAAUGUGUGUUAAGCCAAUGGUCCUGCUUCACAAAGGAAAUUAUUUUGUUGUAUGUGGAUGUCGCCUCUUCCCUCUUCUUGCAAUUGUGUUUUUUUAGUUCAUUCCAUGUAGCUUUUAAAGGUGUAAAUUAAUAUUGGUUUUGUGGUUCUGGGUUUGUACAGAAGAGUUGUACAGAACUGUACAGAAAGGUCAAUUGUACAUAAAAGGACAAAGUAAUUUUCUUUCCUUGCAAAUAGUGAUCUUGUCCACCAAAGAGUUUCCUACAUUUUGCUGCUUUUACCAGUGCCUUACAAAUUGUAUUGUACUGAAUAAACUGCGCAUGACACUC